AUGAGUCAACACCAGACCGAAAACUUGAAAACCUAUGGAGGGAAAACAAUAGCCGGGGACUUUGAAACUGUGAGGACCAUAAGGUUAGAAUGUUAUCACGUACAACAUAUGACCAAAGACGAUAGCGAAUACAAGAGAAUUAUGAUGAUGGAUCAGGAAGGAAUGAUAGUGACAGGGCUCAUUUUUAGUGAUCAUUUGGAUAACUAUGCAACCAUCUUCAUCCAAUACCACAAGUAUAAUAUCUCCAGCACUACUGUUAUACGAAGUGAUCCUAGACUACAUGCCUAUGCUGAAUCAGAAAAUCUGCAAAACGUUAGGGGUAUUAUCUUACAAUGUUUACCAAGUCAGGAACACGGUGCUGACCUUGUAACAAGACGUGAUAUUAUCAUUAUCAAUGAAGAAAAAAUAUUGUUACAUGUCACAUUGUGGAAAGAAUUUGAUGAACACAAAGGGAGAAUGUUGGAAGCCAUAAGACAACCACCACUGAUCUUUGGUUUAAAGCUAAAAGUCACAACCUUCAACUGUACCUGGACAACAGAACCGAAAUUGAUGAGUUACUACGUAUGGAAAACCAUAAAAAUACUGAACUGCUACUCCCAUAUCCUCCUGAUGAUGUUAUACUUUCCAUUGGGUCGUGACUGCUUCUCCAAACAUUUUCAAGACCGCUUGGAUUAAAGGGAGACUUGGACUUUCUGCAAAAGGAAGAAUAUUCUCGUAUACAGGAUGUUCGAAUUGUCAUAAAGCUUUAGAAGCCGACACCACAUGGGUUGUCAUGUGUCCUUCUUGUAAAGUCGUAUCAAACAUCGAGGCAAUGAUACGAACAACUGUUAAUUACUGAUGAAAGUGGAAGUAUUGAAGCCAAUGAAAGUGAAAAUUUGUACUUUUCAAUCCAGAAGAAGUGAAAACCAAUGAAAAAAUUAGUAUGGACAUUCACAGUGACAUUGCAGCUGCCUUCGAAUUGUCAGAAGUUGUAGCCUUUGUUCGUUUGUAUGAUGUACGUUUCCGUGGAAUGAAAGAAACGAAAGUUAGCAUUGUAAAAGUAUACAAAGGAGAUGAAAACCCAAAUAUCGCAAUCGUUUUACCCAAGUCUCCAUCACCUACUUUACACAAACAACCUGCCAUUUCUGUUGACAGCACAAUAUCAGCACCAACAACACAUCUUCCAGACGUUACUUCAACUUCCUGCUCCAAAAGUGAAACCACACCACUUCCUACAAAGACGGAACACAAUCAUGAAGCUCGUGAUAAAAGGCCGAAAAAAAGUCAAAAUAGUUAAUAGUUUGGGAAAGAAUGGUUGAAGGUAGGUUGCAUAAAAAAUAGUUAAAGGUAGUUUUUAAUGGUUAAAUACAUGUUUUUUGGGUCACUAAGAUAGUAAACAAGUUUUUUGGGUACGUAACAAUGUAAAUAUUAAGUAACCGUAGUUAAUGGCGUAGCUUCUUUUGUUGUAUAUAGGCCAUUACUUUUGAUAGCAGCUU